AUGAAAUGGCCACCUAUUCGAGGUUUAUCCCUCAAUUCCAAACCUUUCCUCAACGGAUUAACAGGAACACCAGUGAUGGUGAAACCUGAGUGGGGAAUGGAGUACAAGGGCCACCUGGUAUCUGUACAUGACUAUAUAAAUAUGCAACUGGCUAUUACAGAAGAAUACAUAGAUUGUUGA